CUUCUCCCAUGCUGAGUCACAGGUAGCGCCUCAGAAAGCACGGACGAGCCACAUGCAGGGAAACUUGCACGUGUGGUUCUGGCCGGGGACCCCGGUAUACUGUACUAAUAUGUGUAGGUCCCCGUAAUUCGAGUGAGAUUGUCAUGGCGCAAAAGCAGAUAUGGUCUGGUAUUCCCUUGUUCCCUGUAUUGGUUAUGUUCCUCAUUUCUUGUCUAGCAGAAACUAAUCGAGCUCCGUUUGAUCUCCCAGAAGCGGAAGCUGAAUCAGUUGCAGGCUAUAAUGUAGAAUAUGCGCGGGAUGCGAUCCUUAAUAGUCCACUGUUGGCGGAAGCCAAUGUCCCGGGGUCCCGGGGACUCAUUCUGACUGAAACAAGGGGUGGGUCUUUACCAAUUUUGAAAAUAUUCGAUUUUAGGGAAGCCAAAAAACGUGAGCGCCUAGCACGAGCCUUAUUGAAUAUUGAAAAGGCCCCUUACUAUAGAUAAAGCCCCUGCAAUCAAACUCAAGGAAAGCCUUUUGACAACCUUACUAAUAGAAAGGGGAAAAAUGCGCUCAAACAACCUAUCUUACUAAUAAUAGGGUCGUUGUAAAGCUACAGCUCGAAAGCCGGCCUUACCUUCUAUUCUAUUAGUAAAGGGCUUUUCUUGCUUGUUUAGUAAAGUCACGCUUUUCAUUUUGAUAGGAGUAGGUGCUUUCUGGGGCAGGG